AAGAUUUUAUUAAAAAAAUCACAAUGUCGCUGGUAGCAAUAUUUUGAAUAUCUUCAUCAAAUAAUGGCGCAUGAGCCUAAUGUAAUAUUUCCCACGCGAAUAUUUGAUUUUAUCCCCUUAAUUACUCUAUAAUAUGAAGUUCAAGUUCAUUAGAAUUACAAUUGUUUGCAUUACAUGAUGGAUAAGCUAAAAAAGAGUAUACGCGAAAGCUUUAGAAGAAAAAAAACUCAAAACACAACAGAAACUUCCAAGCCGAUCGAAUGGCAAACUGAUGAAGUGGCAGUGAGAGCAGGGACAUGCAAUUUUCAAGUCAAGUAUUUGGGGUGUACGGAAGUUUUCGAGUCACGUGGAAUGCAGGUGUGCGAAGAGGCAUUUAAAACGCUGAAGAGGGGCAAAAAAAAAUCUCUGAGAGCUACAUUACACGUCAACGGAGAAGCAUUAAGAGUUGUUGAUAAGGAUUCUAAAAAUUUCAGGAAAAAAAUUAUUAUGGCCAUUUUGAAAAUAUCGACCACCAGUCUACAGGUGAUAGAUCUAAGCACACAAGGGUUGAUAGUGGACCAAACUAUCGAAAAGGUAUCGUUUUGCGCUCCUGACCGGAAUUAUGACAGAGGAUUUUCAUACAUUUGUCGAGAUGGCACUACCCGCAGGUGGAUGUGCCACGGGUUUUUAGCACUCAAAUAUUCGAAAAAUGGUAUAUUCAGAAAACGUACACAUGUUAAAGGGGAACGGCUUAGCCACGCGGUAGGCUGCGCGUUUGCGGCAUGUCUAGAGCGCAAACAAGCUCGCGAUACACAGUGUGGGGUGGCUGUUAAAUAUGACGGGUCUAACAAGACCGCCUUCACAAGGUUCGGAUCUUUUGCUAGGGACGAAAAACGCGAAAAUAUUAUUGGUAACGGCAUUGGCAGAAAUUAUGUCAAUGGAAAUUCCGGAUCUUUGAUGAACGGUUCUACUCAUGAUGGAACCGAACUUCCAUUUUCCCUAAUCUCGGACGAAACACGAAAAUCGGCUCGACAAAGACCCAAAGUCAAAUUGGAAUUACUCAGGCAAGCUUCGUUUCGAUGUCCACAAUUAUCGUCCAAUAAAACCUGCUCUCCUUUUAAAAAACAACUAUCGUUAAGGCUAAAUGAGAUGCCAUCCAGCUUACAACAUAAUGCUCAGCAAAAGAGCUAUGGAUUCCAUUUCAAUAUUUUAAAUAACAAUAAAACUAAUAGUCAUAUUUUGGACGAAUCGCUUUUGGGUAGUGACGAGCUGGGAAAAAUCAACGAAGAAAUUAAAAUAGCAGAAGACGCAGAGAGUGACGAUAUAAAAUUCCUGUGCCGGCAGAUAACUCAAAAUUUUUCUACCCUUCCUUCUUUCGUCACCCCUCCUUUAUCUACUACGACCUUCGAUUCCGCGUUUAAUAAUAAUUACGAUACAGAUUAUCUUAAAGUCAAUAACCAUAAUACAAAUGGCUGCAUAUUAGAUUCGCUCAUCCCUUUUCCCACCUAUUCAGAAGAAAAUAGCGAUGAUAAUAAGAGAUUGGUCGGCGAUUUUAAACGAAGAAACCAUGGUAGCUUCAGCCACAAUGGCCAAAUAAUAGGUUAUGACAUGCUUGACAGUGAUGUGACUAACAAUGGUAUAAUAGAAUCGGAAAGGACAUUUACAAAUAGAAAAUCUAUCGAAAAAGCAGCCACGAACAAUCCCUUUCUGGAAUCUCAUAAAAUUUUGCAAAUAUCCGAAUCAUCUCAAUAUAAAUCGAAUCAAAAAGAAAGACUUUUAGAUUACAAAGAUUUAACCUCCCAAAAUCCUGGCAAAUAUAAUUACCCGCCAUUCCAAAUGACACGACAAAAUACCAAUCCGUUCUUACACAAUUUAAAUAAUUCAUAAAUUUACCUUUACAGAUGAUGCGACUUAAAAUGGUUGAUAGUUUGUAUUUUUUUAACAGUAUAAACGUAAUAUUUUACAUAAAAGAAUUCAAACGCAUUUUUGUUUUAUUUAAAUAAUCUAUUUUUUUUAAACUCGUAAGCAAAAAACGUUAAAAUCGACAAAUAUUGUAAAUUAUACGAUUUCUGGGUUCCGAAAUUUUUUUUUAAAAAGCCAGAAGCCAGCCUACUUGUAUUAAGGUUAUAUAAAUAAUGUAAAAAAAAGUAAAUUAUAAUAUUUAAUACAUUCCAUCUUAAAAAUGAUUAUAAUCUUUUUAAAACUUGCAUUAAUUAUAAAUUUGUAACAAUAUAUUUUUUGAAUUAUUUACUAUAUUUUUUUUAAUCUGUUUUUAAACUUAUAAUAAUGCAUUAUUUUAAAAUAUUAAGAUCGACUUUGAAUUUUUAUAUUUAUUCGCAUAAUAUUUUUUUAAAAAAAAAUAAGAAAGUAAUUUAGGAAUUUUUUAUUGUUUUUUUUUCCUGAAAAUAUUAAAUUUAGUUUGAUUAAAUUAUAUUUUUUGAAUAAGCUUUUAUCAUACUAUAAUUAAUUGAUAUAUAACUAGAAGUAAAAUUUGUAUAAUAAAUUGUAACGAAAUUUUGGAUGAAUUUUUUUAUUACUAAUUCUUUUUUAAAAAAACGCGCAAAUUCAUAAUUUAUAUAUGGUCCAAUUUCAAUUUA